CAGUCAGGAGGAAUAUAUAUAUAUUUUUUCUCCAGCUGGAUCAUAUCGCUAGCUAUGUUGGACGAGAAAGAGGGACAUAGCGAGUCCAGAAAGUUCUUAAGAAUGGACGGGGAAGAGGAUGCUGAUGACCAGUGCAGUUGGACCAGUCACAAUCUCAAAGAUGACAUGUCAGGACUGAAAACGUACUUAGUAGGAAAGGUGCCUAGCAGGGAUGAUAUCAGGGCACGUGUCCAGCAGUUUGUGGAGGAGAGGAUGCAGACUACCAUGUUGACUGGCGUGCUGAUCGGGGCUGUGGUGGCAGUGUCUCUAAUCGGCAUCGUGGUGCUCUUCCUCUAUAGAAGAUACAAGCUGGCCAGUGGACAGCAGGCUGUUCCCCGCUAUCGCUUCAGGAAGAGAGACAAGGUGCUCUUCUACGGCAGGAAGAUUAUGAGGAAGGUCCAGACCCUGUCCUCCCCUCCAUCUUCUACCUCAGUGUCCAAGCAGCGCCCUCGGAAGAGACCCAAAGUCCUGAGUAUAGCUCGCAGGAUCCUGCGUAUCCGUAAGGAGCCCCCCACUCUGCAGCCCAAGGAGCCCCCUCCCUCCCUGCUGGAGGCUGACCUGACGGAGUUUGAUGUGCAGAACUCCAACCUGCCCUCAGAGGUCCUCUACAUGUUAAAAAAUGUCAGGGUGCUGGGCCACUUUGAAAAGCCUCUGUUCCUGGAGCUGUGUCGUCACAUGGUCUUUGUGGAGCUGCAGGAGGGGGAGGGGCUGUUCCGGCCUGGCGACGACGACGACAGCAUCUACGUGGUCCAGGACGGACGUCUGGAACUCUGCAUCCACGAGAACGACGGCACAGAGCCGGUUGUGAAGGACGUGCUCCCGGGGGACAGUGUCCACAGUCUGCUCAGUAUUCUGGACAUCAUCACCGGUUACCCCGCCCCCUAUAAGACUGUGUCAGCGCGGGCUGCGUCUCGCUCCACUAUCCUGCGUCUGCCCGCCUCAGCCUUCCAGUCUGUGUUUGAGAAGUACCCCGAGACUCUGGUGCGCGUCAUUCAGAUAAUCAUGGUGCGACUCCAGAGAGUGACCUUCCUGGCAUUACAUAACUACCUGGGCCUGACCACAGAGCUCUUCAACCCGGAGCGUCAGGCGGUCACCUUGGUGACGGUUGCUGGGGUGAUAGGAGAGGGGAGUCCGGGCAGGAUCCCACGCAGACCCCACUUUCAGGAGGACCCGGUCUUCGUCCCCACACCUGCACCCACAGAAACCUGCUCGGACACAGACGCUGGGAAAGACAGCCCAUCCAAUGCCUUUAGGAAGACUCGCUCUAUCUCUAUGCCCACUGACGGCACAGGGGUGACAGGGAUUGACCUGAACAUGGCGUACGAGCGAGCCAGAGUCACCAUAGACGAGCGCCCCUCCAGCCCUGUCAUUUACAAGUCCAUCCUGAAGAAGAGUGUGACCAUGCAACACGCGCCCUCUGCUGUGUUCCACUACACGGACAGCGGGGGGCGCUCUGACACCGUCCACCCCAGCAAGGUCAGCUCCAUCUUCCAGGCUGCCAAGAAAGACCUGCUGGGCAUCAUACAGUUGCAGGACCCUGGUCUGUUGGAGGGCAGGGUGACUCUGCACCAGGUCAAAGCAGGCUCUGUGGUGGCCAGACAGGGAGACCAGGAGGUGAGUGUGCAGUUUGUGAUCUUGGGCCUGCUGCAUGUGUACCAGCGGAUGAUCGACCGCGAGGAGGACACGUGUCUGUUUGUGACCCAUCCCGGGGAGCUGGUGGGCCAGCUGGCUGUACUGACUGGCGAGCCCCUCAUCUUCACUGUCCGAGCCCACCGAGACUGCAGUUUCCUCUCCAUUUCCAAGACACACUUCUACGAGAUCAUGCGUGCAGAACCCACAGUGGUGCUGAACGUAGCUCACACGGUCGUUCGAAGGAUGUCGUCCUUCGUCAGGCAGAUAGACUUUGCUCUGGACUGGAUGGCUGUGGAGGCCGGCCGGGCGGUCUACAGACAGGGGGAUAAGUCCGACAGCACCUUCAUAGUUCUGAGUGGCCGUCUGCGCUCUGUCAUCAUGAAGGAGGACGGCAAGAAGGAGCUGACCGGAGAGUACGGCCGUGGUGACCUCAUCGGCGUGGUGGAGGCCCUGACCCAUCAGAACAGAGCGACCACGGUGCAUGCAGUACGUGACUCAGAGCUAGCCAAACUACCAGAGGGAGCACUCAGCUACAUUAAGAGGAAGUUCCCACAGGUAGUCACGAGGUUGAUCCACCUUCUUGGUCAGAAGAUCCUUCAGCAGGUCAAUGGCCCUCUGACAGCUCGGAGCCUGGCCCUGCACACCCCAGGCAGUAAGUGGGAUGCAGGGAACCCGGCGUCCAACCUGUCCACUGUCACCGUGCUGCCUGUGUCUGAGGAGGUGCCUCUCACAGCCUUCACACUGGAGCUGCAGCACGCACUCAUCACCAUUGGCCCCACACUUCUACUGACCAGCGACAGCAUCAAGCAGCGCCUGGGAGCGGCCGCACUGGACAGUGUUCAUGAGUAUCGUCUGUCCAGUUGGCUGGGCCAGCAGGAGGAUAUCCACCGCAUCGUGCUCUACCAGACCGACUACACCCUGACUCCCUGGACCCAGCGCUGUAUCCGCCAGGCCGACUGCAUCAUCAUUGUGGGACUGGGGGAGCAAGACCCCGCUGUGGGGGAGUUGGAGCGGAUGCUGGGCAGUGCGGUGAGGGCCCAGAAGCAGCUGGUGUUGUUACACAGGGAGGACGGCCCCCCGCCCCAGGGCACUGUGGAGUGGCUCAACAUGAGGAGCUGGAUCUCUAGACACCUGCACCUCUCCUGCCCACGCAGGGUCUUCUCCAAGAGGAGCCUUCCCAAACUGAUUGAGAUGUAUCAGCGUGUGUUCCAGAAACCAGCUGACCGCCACUCAGACUUCUCCCGCCUGGCCAGGGUCCUGACCGGGAACGCCAUCGCCCUUAUACUGGGGGGAGGAGGGGCCAGGGGCUGUUCUCAGGUGGGUAUCAUGAAUGCUCUGAGUGAGGCAGGGAUCCCUGUGGACCUGGUAGGAGGUGUUUCCAUCGGUUCCCUGAUGGGGGCGCUGUAUGCAGAGGACCGCAGUCACAGCCGCAUGCGGAUGAGGGCGCGAGAGUGGGCUAUGGAGAUGACGUCCAUGUUUAAGAAGGUGUUGGAUCUGACCUACCCCAUCACUUCUAUGUUCUCUGGCGCUGCCUUCAACUCCAGCAUUUACACAGUGUUCCAGGGCAAGCAGAUAGAGGACCUGUGGAUCCCUUAUUUCAACAUCACCACUGACAUCACUGCCUCCACCAUGAGAGUGCACACUGACGGUUCUCUUUGGAGGUACGUGCGUGCCAGCAUGUCUCUCUCUGGCUACCUGCCCCCUCUAUGUGACCCUAAAGACGGACACCUGCUGAUGGACGGCGGCUACAUCAACAACCUGCCAGCGGACGUGGCUCGCUCCAUGGGUGCCAAGGUGGUGAUCGCCAUAGACGUGGGCAGCCAGGAUGAGACCAACCUCACCAACUACGGCGACUCGCUCUCCGGCUGGUGGCUGCUAUGGAAACGUCUCAACCCACUGGCAGAGAAAGUCAAGGUGUUGAACAUGGCAGAGAUUCAGACGCGGCUGGCAUACGUGUGCUGUGUGCGUCAGCUGGAGUCGGUGAAGAGCAGUGACUACUGCGAGUACAUCAGACCGCCCAUAGACCGCUACCGCACACUGGAGUUUGGCAAGUUCGACGAGAUCGCUGAGGUGGGCUACCAGCAUGGCAAGACGGUGUUUGACGUUUGGAGUCGCAGUGGAGUGGUGGAGAAGAUGCUGAAGGACCGCCACCAGGAGGAGUUUCACAACACACACAGCAACAACAACGGACCUGUGACCUGUCCCAAUGCCUCCUUCACUGACCUGGCAGAGAUCGUGUCCCGCAUCGAGCUGGCCAAACCAGCUCUGGUCGACGAGGAGUCCGACUACCCCACAGACUAUGAGGAGGAGGCGGUGGAGAGUGCCUACUCAGACUUUGAGCUGUCCAAUCACUACAGCGAACACACCACUGAGGGGGAGGAGACUGCAGACACGGAUGAAGAGCUGCUGGACAUGGGGAGAAGACGUCGCCCUCCUCCCCCAGGCUCUAGCAACGUGAGCCCCCUCUCCUCCCCCCACACCAUGCCUACAGCCCCACCCCUUGGAGGAAACUGAGGGGAACCCCACCGCUGAGCGAAGACCAGGCCUAGAGUCACUGAACCCUGACUCUCCGGCUGUCUGUCCCUCCAGCACUAGCGCUAACACAGUGCCUUACAGACCCACAACAAAUACAGGACCAAGUCUUUUUACCGGUCUCCAGUCAAUGUAUGAUCCUAUUCCCGUCUGAGUUCUGACUGAUAAUAUAAAUCAUUCUGGUCCAAUGGGACACAAGCUGGGAGGUGAUGAAGAUGUGGCAGUAUUUUCUGUAAUGGCUGCCUACUGGUUUUUGGAGCUCACACCUUCUGUAAGCCUCCCGUCAGCCUCAGUGUCUGGGGUACUAGGUUGCGAUAAAACAAGAAGAAAAGGGGAGACUCUUUCCGGUCAUGGGUAUGGCCGCAGUUCGGCGGCAAUUCGACAUGCACAGUGUGACGGGAAUGGACACAAAGAAGAAGCGCUCAUGCAGCCACUUCAAACAAUCCUUUCUUCUGGGUAGCUCCAGUUUAUUCUCAUCUGUUUUCUGGCUUCAAUCAAUUAGAUGAGGGGGUGGUUAAAUGUAAACUACAGUGUUAAUGCUAUAUAGCAUUUAUAUAUGCACAGGCACAUCCAAGACCGCUGGACAAUGGACCAGUGUAACACACAGCUGAUUUGACUAAUGAAUUAUUAGCCUUUACGUACCUCUACAGCUAACCUCAUAGAUGUACUCACACAACAUUAAGCAAAUCAAUGCAAUGUAUAUUUUUUACGUGUGUUUAUCCGUGUGGUGCAGUAUAAAAGCAGUGCCUUUAACUCAGCUGAUAUUGAUGCUAGCACCAGUAGCCUUACAUUGUGUUGUAGAUCAUGGAAAGUCCCUUUGGUACAGUCCCCUGAGGUUGUAAGGUUGCGUCCCAAAUGGCACCCUAUUCCUUUUAUAGUGCACUACUUUUGACCAGGGCCCAUAGGGCUCGGAUCAAAAGUAUUGCGUUAUAUAGAGGAUAGGAUGCCACUUGGGACUCAACAAUGGAGCAGAGACCCAGGAUGUGUGUGUGAGCAUGUCAGUAACAGUAGGUUGUAAGAUGAAUGUGUUACAGUGUGGAAAUCCCUUCGGCUCUUGAAGGUGAUACUGUAUUGCCAAUGUGGUACAAUAAACGGGAGCAUAUUUCAUUAAUUUGCUAAAUGGGAAGUGCUGUUGGAUAAUGAUCGAUGACCACAGUAAAAUAAUUACAUGUAAUAUUUGAAUGUGGUGCCACAGUUUAUAUAAAAUGCAUGCAUAUGUUCAGUGAAUGGAACAAACCUUUUUGUGACCCUUACUGAACUAAACUGGACAACUUGACUAUUUAACACAUUUCAAGCUAUUUAAUUGUGCCUUUGAUAGUGACUGACUCAUAUGCUGAUUAGUUGAACUUGAAUGUUGAGCACGGUUUGCCAACGACCAUGUAAAACAAUGAAGGACUCCUGUACCAUUGACGUGUUGCUUCUGUGUGGAUUAUUUGUACCAGAUAAUUGAUGUUUUUGAUAAUCCAGUGUAUAACACUAUUUACUAAUAAUAAACCACUUGGUUAGCUGA